AAAAAAAAAAAAAAAAAAGGGGGACUCACACUCACUUCAAUCCAGUGCAAUCUCUGUUGUAAUUUGUUGUUUUGUGCUAUGGAUGAACUUUGUUUAAUUAAUGCUUGUUUAAGUAAUAUUUGUUUUAUUUUGCAUUGUAAUAAGCUGUCAAGCAGAUUUGAGAAAUUUCUUGUUUUAUGUUUUGUGACUAUUAACUAUAUCAACCUCAACAUCUUAAUUUCUUUAAUCACAUUAUUGUUCAACUCUUGUGGCAAUUGAACCCACAUAUAUAUAUGUAGGCCACAGCAGACCCAAGGUAUGUAUGUAUACAAUUGUAUGAAUUUCUCUCAUAUUCUUUUGAUCUAUCAAUUUAGUUAAACUCUUUUGUGGCUAACUUGACAGUCUCUGUUACUUACCUUUAGAUUUUAUGCAGCCAACACACCCAUACUUGGAGAUCAACAAUUAUUUUCAAGUCCAAAAUAGGCUCUUAUAUACUGCUUCUCUGAAGUUGGGCCCUAGUGCUCAGCAUCUGACGUAAUGGAGUUUUUGUGAAUUAGAUAUAUAUGAGUUGGUAUAGUUGGCCUAUUGUUCAACUCUUGCCAUAACAGACCCAAGUUCCCUGCUAGAGCACACUUCUGCAGCCCUUCAUCGUCUUUCCUCCUGCUUUCAGAUUGUGCUUUCUUCUAUACUAGCUGCCUCUACCUUCCUAUUCUACCCUGUGAUUCAUGUGUGAUCAUAUGAAAGUGAAAGGAACAGCAACUACUCACGCGUUGCCUGUACGUACCAACAUUCCAUCACAUCUUUUUCUAAUUAAAGAAUUUUGUGUAAUUAUUAGUUGUUCAAGAUUGAAGAAUUUGUUUCCCUUUGAAAAACUGCGAGCUCUUCACAUUCAUGAUUGCAAAGAGUAAUAGCAUAGAAAAAAGAGGAAGGAAAUCAGACAAUGGAUGGAAGAGCUACAUUCACUCUUCCAAAAUUAACCUACUUUGGGACUUACAUGACGAAACAGAAUUGAAGAGAACCUGCUUGAGCAAUGGAACAUCAUCAAGAAAAUCACUGGCACUACCAAUAAUAGGACGUGGAGCCCGACCGUUUCACAGCUGAUUGGAUGGCUAAAAAUAGUCUUAAAAUCAUCUUGUGUUUGAAAUCCCUUCCAAGGGUAUUUUGGCAUAUCAUUCUUGCUGAAGCUGAUAGUAUUGCAUCCCUAGAAUUACUAAAUAAGUCAUACCCUUUUGAGUCAUGAAGCAUAUAUAUCAUAUAAGGCUUAGCAAAUCAGCACUCUGUCAAUUUCAAAACAUUGAAAUUGAGAGGAGUUCAAAUUCGGAUCAUCAAUAUAUGUGAUUUAAUUUGAUUCCGCAAGCAGAUUGGUGUCAUUUUUACCAUCA